AUGGCGAUCGGUAGGGUGCAGGUGGCGGUCAUGGUGACCUGCGUGUCGUUCGGGCUCUACACGUCGGUCCUGCUCCUCUCCGACCGCUUCCUCUCCUCCCUCGUGCGGUUCCUCUGCGGCAGCUUCUUCGUCUCUUGCCUGUACGGCAGGCUGUGCAUUGGAGAUCCCGGCUACGUGUCAGGGAGCGAGGAGGAGGAGGAGGAUGGGAAUGGAGCGGAAGAAGAUGAGAUUGUUGACUCAGGCUUCAACGGAGUAUCCGAGGAGCAUCGCUCUGACCCUCGUUACUGUGAACUUUGUGAGCAGCCCAAGCCGAGGCGAGCAAGGCACUGCAAGAGAUGCGGAAGGCAAGAACCCGUUAGGGAGAAGAGAGGAUCUGAGAUACAAGCGGCAGGCAAGUGUGUUGGUAUCAAGAACCAUCCUACCUUCAUGCUCUUCUGCUUUCUACUCAACGUGUGCCAGAUCGACACUAUCAUCGUCUGUGUAUCUUUCAUCAUUCGUGAGAGAUCAGUGUCUAUCUGUAAGAGAGAUGAGUUUGGCUUGAACUUCCUGUUCUUCCAAGAGGAUCAUUGUCAGACCAUGUUCGAUGCCAUGAACUACGUCGUCCUGGCUGUGACAGCAUGGAUAGCGAUAACGCUCUUCUUUUUCAACCUUUUCCACCUCUACAUUGCAUCCGAAGACCUGACUACACAUGAGUUCUACAUGCUGCUGAAGAAGAGGGCUCUGCCGAGGUGGUUGGUAGGGAAGGAAGUCAACAUCAACAGCUUCAAGAUCGAGAAAGGGUUGAAGACGCACAGAUCAGGACAGAAGCAGAUGUACACGACGUGCAAGUUCUGUGGCAGGAAGAAGCUUGCCUGUAUAUGCGUGCUGCCCUCCCUGGAGGACGGGUUCUCGCACUACCAGACGUACCGGGCAAGGGAGUCAGGGUUCGGCUGCUGCCUGAUGCUCCAGUCAUGUCUUCGCAAGUGCUGCCUGUGGAGGAUACGGAAUUUGCGGAGAGUCUUGGGGGCGGCAGAGGACGAGGAGACGGUCAGGCCGGGGGAAUGCGAGAUGGAUAGACCAGACGUCAUCAGCCAGAUGCAGCUGUUGCUGGAUCUUGACUUCGACAAGUGCGUGCCUGGUCGCGACUAA